AGCGUAGACGCAGUUCGUGUUUAGAAAUCGGGCACGAACGUUCGUCCCAUGUGUGUUUCGGGGAGGUUCGUGAGCAUUCGGUUGGCAUCCAGUCGACGGUGGGUGGGCAGUUAGGAAAGUAAAUAGGCGGUAGGUUGGAGAGGGGUUAACCCGAAUUGUAGUCAUCGGUUGGUAAGGUGGGGAUAGACAGAGGGUGAAAGAGAGAGAGAGAAGGCGUUAAGAUCGUAAAGAGAAUGGUGGAGAGACAGGGAUGGAAGAGAAAGAUAGAGGAUGAUAGAGGAGGAGUGGGGAUGAAGUUUGCGUGGUGAACGGCGCGACUGCAGAAACGUGUCGCCCGAGAGCCAGUGACAGACAAGAUGGCGAUAGGGCUUAUGCGGUGAGCGAGCGAGAUAGAUAUAGAAAAGAAGAAAACGAAGAGAGGGAGAAAGACAGAGAUAGAGAGAGAGAGAGAGAGAGAGAGAGAAAGAAUAAGAGAGAAUCAAGACGUGAGUGCAGCUCAGCACGACGACACGUCGCAAAGUAGCGCGCGCGUUCUGCUUACAGUGUUAAAGGAACACGUUUUUAUCGAGUAUUAGUUAUUAAAGGUCCAAGGAUAGUUAUCGUUGGUCAGUUUGUCGCAACUUUUAGUCAAAAUCGUCCAUUGUCGUUAUUAAAAAUUGAAGGUUUGGCAUACUGGUGCAUGUUCCGUCCAGGAUCGUCCCGAUCAUGGAGCAUUUGCCGGCGUCGACCGCGAGACGUCGCGGUCAUCAGCAUCACCCGCGUCACUCGACACGGAGACGUCUCGAGGCAUCCGGCAGAGGACCCGCGCAGUGUGGCCCUGCCGGUAUAACAACAACAAACAAUAAUACUAAUAACAAUAACAACAACAACAAUAACAAUAUCCUCCUUGAGGAUCAUACAGGGUUCCCCGAGACGACAACCUCUUUGGGCUCCCAUUGGUUGCGAGAUUCUUUGUCGAAAAGAAUCGAAGCUAAUAACGAUGAUGUCAAAUCGAACAAAUCUACGAAAACUAUCAGUAAAGAUACUACGACGGCAACUAAAACUAUUUCAGAGAUUACGAUUAUUGGGACAAAUGAAAAGAAAGUUGAGAAUAAUGAGAAUUUGGACGUCCGAUCAAGGCUCGCGCAGUGUAGCCCGGACGUCCAGUUUGAAGUUCGAAAGGACAAGGAAGAUAACGUAGAUAUCGAUAAGGAUACGAACAUUGAUAAAGAUAAUGGUCAUAACAAGGAGAAAGAUAAAAAGAAGAAAGCCGAUAAUCGUCGUAGGACGAAGGAUUUAAAAGGCACUGAUCUGACGCGCAAACUUAGGCUCGUUAAUGCACCACGUGCUUGGGACACCGAACGAACCGUCGUAAUCAAGGACGAUGGGAAAGAAAGUAAUAAAAUAAUUAACGACUUGCUGUUGGACGAAGUAGAAGAAGAAAUAGACGAUGAAAUCGAUUACGAUGACAACGAAAUGAAAGAGAAAUUUUUCCUCGACAGACUCGAGUCUGAGCACGCGGUCGCGAGGGCUCGAGGUGAUGGAAAUUCCGACGACGAAUCAACUAAUGUCGAAGAGGACCCUGAAAUAGCCGAGUUGGCUAAACUCAGGUGUCCCAGCGAAAGGGCCGAAGUACAAGCUGAAAGAGAAGCAAGAAGAAGAAAAAGAUGUGCUGAUUAUCCUGGACUCGCAUUUGGCUCUUCCAUAUUCUCCAGCGACACCAUGAUGAAAUUCAGUCUAAUCAGGAACGAAUUACAGAAUAUCAUGGGCAAUCAACUGAAGCGGGCCGAAUCCGAAGUUGCUGCACUCAAUCGUCGUAUUCAACUUUUGGAAGAAGACCUCGAAAGAUCCGAGGAACGUCUUGCUACUGCCACUGCCAAAUUGGCAGAGGCAUCUCAGGCAGCAGAUGAAAGCGAACGAGCCCGCAAGAUUCUCGAGAACCGCAGCUUGGCGGAUGAAGAGCGUAUGGACGCCCUUGAGAAUCAGUUGAAGGAGGCAAGGUUCCUAGCCGAAGAAGCUGACAAGAAAUACGAUGAGGUUGCCCGUAAAUUGGCCAUGGUCGAGGCCGAUCUUGAGCGUGCCGAGGAACGCGCCGAGGCCGGAGAGUCCAAAAUCGUCGAGCUUGAGGAAGAAUUGCGCGUGGUCGGUAAUAACCUGAAAUCCCUCGAGGUCUCGGAAGAAAAGGCCAACCAGCGCGAGGAGGAAUACAAGAACCAAAUUAAGACCCUUACCACUCGUCUAAAGGAGGCGACGCAGAGAGAGGAGACGUUCGAGGGACAGGUGAAGAUCUUGGAUAGUCAGUUGAAAGAGGCUGAGGCUCGCGCCGAGUUCGCGGAGAGAUCCGUGCAGAAACUCCAGAAGGAGGUCGACAGGCUCGAAGACGUCCUGGUAAACGAGCGCUGUAAGUACAAAGCCAUCGCCGACGAAAUGGAUCAGACGUUUGCCGACCUCGCCGGAUAUUAACGAAUUGCUGCUUUAACGCUUUACGAGCUGGUCUAUAUUGAAAGUAAAGAAAAUUGAAAAAUAGGGUUAACACACUGACGGGAAAAGACGGGGGAACAACGAUCAAUAAAAUUGUUAUUCACGCUAUGAUUAAAAGAAAUAUGUGACCACUGCCAGAGCACAUUGACAACUUCGCCGACACGUUCAAAUUCAUUUCAACUUUGACACAUGCAUAAACAUGUGUACAUAUUUAAUCCUUUUAUGAUUUAUCAAUAUUAAAUUUUAUUCUAUCAAUUUUUGUAAAAUUUACUAUUACUUGAUUAUAAAUUAAAUCGAAUUUUUGAAAUAAUUAAUUAUACUAUUAAGUAUUAAAUUAAAAAAAAAAAUAUUCCAUGCUUAGAUUUAAUUAUUUAAACAAUUUUUACAAGUCAUUUUUACUUAUUAAAAUAUAAUUACACGAAAAAUAUAUGUAUUUAUAAGGGUUUAAAAUGUACACAUGUAUGUUAAAUAAGAACUAUUUUCUCUUUUUCAAAUUUUAAAAAAUCAUAUCGAGCGUGAUAUUAAACCAAGCGUGAGCUCGGCCAAUUAACGAAAUUAUUUUUAUUUUCUAUUUCUCAUAUUUUCUUAUUGAUCUUUUUAUCGCCAAUUAGAAAUCUCUCACGUACGAUCGUGCAAGUGUGCGAUACCCGAUUAUUAUCCCCGUUUUAUAAUUUUCUUCUUUUUUAUUUUGUUUUCGCGUGAAUAUGCUUGAUAAAAAAUAUUGUAAAAGAAUAAAAAUAACAAAUCGCGCUUCGUAUUAUUGUAAUAAGCUUAUUCAUCAGCAUUCGUAAUUAGUAUACGUAUCGUUCCUAAAAUCUUUAAAUAAUUUCAUUCCUAUAGCUUUUUUAUACAAAACGUGUUCAAUAAAAUACACAAGCAGGUACAUACUCACACGUACACAUAAUAACAUUAAGAAAAAUAAAAUAAAUGAAUAGGCGUCAUUUAUCAAUUCAGUUAUACAUUAAUGUUUUUUUAAGUGCAAUUUCAACAAAAACCAUUUCAAUAUACGAAUUUGUAAGAAUUUUGUUUUUUAAACAAUAAAGAAAACUUGUAUAAAGUAUAGGAAAAAAAAUUAAACAAAAAAAUUGAUAAGGAAGGACGCAAAUUGUACAUCAGUGAAACCGAAGUGCAAAAAAAAAAGAAAAAGAGAUAAAAAAACAAAUAAAA